CUGAAUUUGUCCAAAAGAAACUCUCGUUUUCGUCGCCAAACUUUUUCGUUUGAAGUAAACGGUUUCUGUUGCAAAACAUUUUGCAACAGACGAAACGUUUUGCAACAGAAUAGGCGUAAUGAAUACAUCCCAUAUAUGCCUACAAGGAAUGCAACUAAUUUCCUCAUCAGUAGCUAUGCCACAUCCUUGGAAUAUGCGACAGGCAUUUUGGAUUUCAGAGUUUUUUUGUCCACCAUGGCAAAGCAGUACGACGUUUUGCUCAGGUUGCUGGUUUUAGGAGAUUCCGGGGUUGGGAAAACCUGUUUGUUGUGCAGGUUCACGGAUAAUGAAUUUAAUUCAUCGCAUAUCUCUACUAUUGAUUCUUAAGCAUUUUGAAUGAGCCGGCUCAACGAAAAGACUCGGAAUUCCCAUCACUAAUGUACAACCGGUAAAGAGUGGAUUUCAAAAUGAAAACAUUACAAGUAGAUGGCAUUAAAGUACGAGUACAGAUAUGGGAUACUGCUGGCCAGGAACGAUACCAGACCAUCACCAAACAGUACUACAGACGGGCACAGGGAAUUAUCCUGGUGUAUGACAUCACAAGUUCCAGCUCCUUUCAGCACAUUUUGAAGUGGGCUAGCGAUGUGGAUGAGUUCGCCCCUGACAAGGUGCAGAGGAUCCUGGUGGGGAACAAGGCUGAUGAGGAGCAGAUGAGGAAAGUUCCUAAAGAACAAGGAAACAAGCUAGCAAAAACCUAUGGAAUGGAAUUCUUUGAGACAAGUGCCUGCACCAACUGCAACAUAAAUGAGUCGUUUAUCCGGUUGACACAGCUGGUUCUGCAGGCUCACAAGAAAGAGAUGGAUGCCUUCCAGGGUUCCACUAAUAAAUACCUAGACAUGACUUCUCUGUGGGGAGAGCAGGACAAACAGGACAGUGAUGCAAACUCCCAGAAGUCCUGCACAUGUUAGCAUAAGGGCAAAGCUCUCCACAUGGGGGUGUUUGUCUAGAAGAAUGCCCCUGGCCCUGUGACAUAAUGACAUUGAAAUGUGUAACUUAUGAAAUGUGAGAGUAUGUUCGGUGCUUACUGAAUAUUGCCCUUGCUGCUGCUCAGAUGAAUGCAUUAUCACUUUUUGGCCUACUCACUGUUCAGUUUUCAUCUUCAUGUAUAAUUUCAUAGUUACUUGGCUUUUUCAUGUUUAUUACCCUAUUCUGCAACACCUAAACUGAUGGCACGCUGAGUUAAGUAGUCCACAUGUAAUAAGAACAUUUGCCAGCAGAGGGGCUGCUGUCUGCAAAACUCUGAAAGCUGCAACUCAGUUACUGGGUAUACUUAAGCCUUCUUCUGUAUAAUUUGUAUUGCCACAAUUUUACCCUUCAUAUCACAAACAACUUUGCUGUCUACUUGAAAUAACAAAAAUUAUGCUUACAAAGUCAUUUGCUAAAAAUUAUGAAGUGUGGGACUAUAGUGAAAGAGAAUCUGAGGCUCUUGAGUGGUCCUUUAUGAGGUGAGACGAGGAUAGGGGAGACAGGGUGGGCAGAGGGCAAGGUUCAAUUAUUAAUAUGCAGAAAUAGAAUCCAAGCUAGCUGGAAGGGAUAAUUUACCUGUGGAAGAGUAACCAAUACUCAGACAAGCAUUAACGCAAAACCUCAAUCUAAAACUGAAAUUAUGUUCAACACCAUCUUUGAGUAACUUUGAGUAUGUUGUGUGAAUUUCAUUGCCAAUUCAAAGUGUUUUUCCAGGUUGAAAAGCUGUAGCAAAUGCCACACUGGUGCAUACACAUAUACUAUUAUAAAGGUUAUUUAGGGUGCCACUGAUUGCUGACUGUUUUGACGUUUUUGAAUAGCUGUGCUAGCUAUAAGAUAAAAUAUGAUUUUUUGUGUGUGAAAAAUAACAAAAAUACUCAUUAAAAGUUCACGUUAACUUA